UUCCGGUGGCUUGUCGCGUCCGCUUACUCUAGCUGCAGCCACUCUUGCCCGUGGUUGCUUCCUCCAUCCUGGUAUUUUUUGGAGCCUUCAUCCUGGUUCUUCCAAAGUGCCCGGACCCAAAACAGGAAUGCUGCAGUGGUAGGAGCACGGGGCAGAAACAGUCCGGAUAACAUGAAAGUGAUGCUGGUGGCUAAGGGAAGGCGACUUGUUUCUGUGGGAAGGGAUAUAGCUGAUCCAUCUGUUUUCUAGAUUUGAGUAUGAGCACAGUUGAAGAGGAUUCUGACACAGUAACAGUAGAAACUGUGAACUCUGUAACUUUGACUCGAGAUACAGACGGAAACCUCAUUCUUCACUGCCCUCAGAAUGAAGCUGAUGAAAUAGACUCAGAAGAUAGUACUGAACCUCCACAUAAAAGGCUUUGUUUGUCUUCUGAGGAUGAUCAGAGUAUUGACGAUUCUGCUCCUUGCAUAUCAGUUGUUGCACUUCCACUUUCAGAAAAUGAUCAGAGCUUUGAGGUGACCAUGACUGCAACCACAGAAGUGACAGAUGAUGAUAUCACUGAGGGAACUGUGACACAGAUCCAGAUUCUACAGAAUGAGCAACUAGAUGAAAUAUCUCCAUUGGGUAAUGAGGAAGUUUCAGCAGUUAGUCAAGCAUGGUUUACUACUAAAGAAGAUAAGGAUUCUCUGACUAACAAAGGACAUAAAUGGAAGCAGGGGAUGUGGUCCAAGGAAGAAAUUGAUAUUUUGAUGAACAAUAUUGAACGCUAUCUGAAGGCACGCGGAAUAAAAGAUGCUACAGAAAUCAUCUUUGAGAUGUCAAAAGACGAAAGAAAAGAUUUCUACAGGACUAUAGCAUGGGGUCUGAACCGGCCUUUGUUUGCAGUUUAUAGAAGAGUGCUUCGCAUGUAUGAUGACAGAAACCAUGUGGGAAAAUAUACACCUGAAGAAAUUGAAAGGCUCAAGGAGCUCCGGAUAAAGCAUGGCAAUGACUGGGCAACAAUAGGGGCGGCGCUAGGAAGAAGUGCCUCUUCCGUCAAAGAUCGGUGCCGACUGAUGAAGGAUACUUGCAACACAGGGAAGUGGACAGAAGAAGAAGAAAAGAGACUUGCAGAGGUGGUUCAUGAAUUGACAAGCACUGAGCCAGGUGACAUUGUCACACAGGGUGUGUCUUGGGCAGCGGUGGCAGAGCGAGUGGGUACCCGCUCAGAAAAGCAGUGUCGUUCUAAAUGGCUCAACUACCUGAACUGGAAACAGAGUGGAGGUACUGAGUGGACCAAGGAAGAUGAAAUCAAUCUCAUCCUCAGGAUAGCAGAGCUUGAUGUGGCUGAUGAAAAUGACAUAAACUGGGAUCUAUUAGCAGAGGGAUGGAGCAGUGUUCGUUCACCACAGUGGCUUCGGAGUAAAUGGUGGACCAUCAAAAGGCAAAUUGCAAACCACAAAGAUGUUUCAUUCCCUGUCUUAAUAAAGGGUCUGAAACAGUUACAUGAGAAUCAGAAAAACAACCCGACACUUUUGGAGAGUAAAUCAGGAUCUGGAGUUCCAAACAGUAAUUCCAAUUCCAGUGUACAGCACGUUCAGAUCAGAGUCGCCCGCUUGGAAGACAACACGGCCAUCUCUCCAAGCCCCAUGACAGCCUUGCAGAUUCCGGUCCAGAUUACCCAUGUCUCCUCAACAGACUCCCCUGCUGCUACUGUUGACUCGGAAACCAUAACACUAAACAGUGGAACUCUACAAACGUUUGAGAUUCUUCCAUCUUUCCAUUUACAGCCCACUGGGACUCCAGGUACCUACCUACUUCAAACAAGCUCAAGCCAAGGCCUGCCUCUCACUCUGACUGCUAGUCCCACAGUAACCGUGACGGCUACUGCUCCUGCUUCUCCUGAACAGAUCAUUGUUCAUGCUGUAUCCCCAGAGCAUUUGUUGAACACAAGUGACAAUGUUACAGUGCAGUGUCACACACCAAGAGUCAUCAUUCAGACAGUUGCCACAGAGGACAUCACUUCUUCCAUAUCCCAAGCAGAACUGACAGUAGAUAGUGAUAUUCACUCAUCUGAUUUUCCUGAGCCUCCAGAUGCCCUAGAAGCAGACACUUUCCCAGAUGAAAUUCAUCAACCUAAGGUGACUGUAGAGCCAUCAUUUAAUGAUGCUCAUGUAUCCAAAUUCAGUGACCAAAAUAGCACAGAACUGAUGAAUAGUGUUAUGGUCAGAACAGAAGAAGACCUUAAACAAGAGGAGGAAUCACCCUCUCAUUUAGCCUGUGCUUAUGUUACUGAGGAUUUAGAGUCUUCUGCUAUAGAAGAACAAGUUGAUCAAACAAUUGAUGAUGAAACGAUACUUAUUGUUCCUUCACCGCAUGGCUUUAUCCAAGCAUCUGACGUUAUAGAUACGGAAUCUGUCUUGCCUUUGACAACACUAACAGAUCCCAUACUCCAACAUCAUCGAGAAGAAUCAAAUAUCAUUGGGUCAUCUUUGUGCAGUCCUGUUUCAGAAGACUCAAAGGAUGUUGAAGAUUUGGUCAACUGUCAUUAGGUAAUUCUUAGAAACAGGUAGUUCAAGCAAAGAAGCCACACUGUUAAUUACAACAUCUCCAAAGAAAUAGGAGGAACCCCCAAGAGGCUUAACUUACCAUUCCUCUGGCUUUUCAACAGCUACAGUGCUUAAGCCGCAUACAGUGUUGCUGCUAUGACUUUUUACCUCCUUUCAAUGUCAUUUGAGGUCUAGUCUUACGGAAAUGUACUUGAGUGGGGUCUGUGGGGGGGGCAGGGGUCUUUAACUACAUAGAUCCCUGUGAUUAGUGCCAUCUGUUAGCAGGGAAUUCCAUUCACUUAGCCACUGAGAAAAGUUUAAAAUCACCAAAGCCUAACUACUCUUUCAAAAGCGGUAACAUUCACCUCUAAAGAUCAGAAGUCUCUAUCCGAUCUCAAGUAGGCCUGUUUAUAUUUCAGAGAAGUCACAGCAUGGUCUAGAGUUUACCAGUGACCUUCCUCAAAAGGAAAAUCAUUACUUUGAGACUUGACCAGCACACAAGGACAAGACCUAGGAGGUGAUUGUGCAGCAGUUACCUUGGGUUUACUUACUGAUUGCUGGCAGUGAGAGCUGAUUUAAGCUGGGAAGAGAGGAAAGCAUUAAAAGAGUUAGAAAAAUUCACUACAGGUUUUUUUUAUUACUUUUAAAGGGAAUAUGGAUAAGAGUAAUGUCAAAACUCAGAGUUUUCACUUCAGAGCCCACUGUCAUCAGUUUACAAAAUUAGCACUUUGAGGGGAAACAAAAUGGGAAGGAAGUUCCCUAUCCUAUACCGUGACUAUUUCUUACAUGUUUUGUGAUAAGAAUUAACCCAGAAAACAAUUAAGGAGGGUAUCAGAGUUUGCUGUUCACUUAGUGCAUUAGCUGGGGAGGGUGUGAUAAAAUUUCUCCCUCUCGGGCAAUUUUAAAAAACACAAUUUGCUUCUGUAAUGAAAUGAAAUAUAAAUUGAGUCAUUCCUAUACUAGAGAAGGUUAAGCCAAAAUUAGCCUCUUAAAGCUUUAACGCAUAUGACUCCUAUAGAAAAGUCACAAAAAAAAACUUGUAUAAAUUAUUUUAUUUAUUAUUGUAAUUAGAUCUUCACAAUCAAAGUUGUCUUUUCACCGUCUGUGUUUUGUUAACAUGAAAUUGUAGUUAAAAGCAAGAGUUGGUUGCCUAGGGAACAAUAAUUGUACAUUCAGUUUAACAGAAAUAAAAGAAUAUUUGUCUUAAAA